UUUCUGAACACUGCAAACAUGAAGGCUUUCAUCGUUCUGGUUGCCCUGGCCUGUGCCGCCCCAGCUUUCGCUCGCACCAUGGACCGUUGCUCCCUGGCCCGCGAGAUGUCCAACUUGGGCGUUCCCCGCGACCAGCUGAACAAGUGGGCCUGCAUUGCCGAGCACGAGUCCUCCUACCGCACCGGAGUGGUGGGUCCCGAGAACUACAACGGCUCCAACGACUACGGAAUCUUCCAGAUCAACGACUACUACUGGUGCGCUCCUCCUAGCGGUCGCUUCUCCUACAACGAAUGUGGCCUGAGCUGCAACGCCCUCCUGACCGACGACAUCACCCACUCCGUCCGUUGCGCCCAGAAGGUCCUCAGCCAGCAGGGAUGGACUGCCUGGUCCACCUGGCACUACUGCAGCGGAUGGUUGCCGUCCAUCGAUGACUGCUUCUAAACCGAUUUCGACCCUCAAUAAAAUGAUUGCAUAACGCCAGCA